AUGUACUCGUCGGCCGUCCGAACUCCGAUACCCACGAUCAAUGUCAAGUACCCUCCAACGUCCUCGCCGGUUUCCGACGUUAUCUCCGCGGAUCCACCAAACCAAUACCCCGUAGUAUCCGUCAAUCGAGCCGAGAAUGAGAUCCCCAGCUGCACCAUCUGUCAACGGUAA